AUGCAUAAUUUACAUUAUUCUGUGAAACCAUGUCAAAACAGAACACUUCAGUAUAGAUUUGACAAAAGAUUUCAGGAUGUACACAGAAAAGCAUUGGCUGAAAUGAAACCAACAGUGGACACAACCGCACCCAAAACAUUCCAGUUGAUUCAUUUCCAUUCUAAAACACAAAGAAUUGAGAAAGAAAAUUUGAACAGAAUAGAAGAAGAGAAUAAUCGACUUUUGAAGAGAAUGCAUGAAAUUCAUAGAAGUGGCUAUACUGACAAUCGAAAUCAUUACGUUGCAAAAAGCUUAAAUAAGAGGCAAAGACUGAAAGAGGUCAAACGCAUUACUCAGGAUAAUGAAGAACUUGCUAAAAAACUGAAAAACUGUAAAAAUGUCUACAAACGGGAGGACUGGGAAAAUGAUUGGGCAAAGGCGUUAAACUAUAUGACAAAUAUAUCGAAAUUUGGAAUGAAUUAUCAGAGAUGUAGUCUAAAAUGA